AAAAAAUGCGCGGGGAUCUCCGGUGAGGGCCACAUUCCCCUCUCUUGAUGCUUAAUCGCGAGCGCGAGAAAUGCCUUGCCUAUCGUGCAUCGUCACCGGGCGAUUUCCAGCGGCAGCAGCGUCAUCGGGCUCCUGCGCGUUCCAAAUCCAUGGCAACAACCUCACGAGCUCCCAGCGCAGAUUCCCGUCUGAAUUUCGCGGCGCUCACAGCCUCCGCAAGGGAAUCGCCGCGAGGACGAGAUUUCGCAGCGCUCGCAUUGUAUCGGCCCAGGAAUCGAGCAGCGGCACCUACUGGGAGCGCGAGGAGGCCCGGUGGCUCCGCGAGGAGGAGAGGUGGAAGAGGGAGGAGCAGCGAUGGUUACGUGAAGAGAAGCGCUGGAACAGCGAUCGAGAAUAUUGGGCAGUUGAGUCGUCGCGGAUGAAGGAAGAGAUCACUAGCCUCAGGAAGGAGGUGGAGAGGUUGAGCCGCAGCGAUCAAGUCCCUGACAAGCACGACGCCUCUCCUUCGUCGCUUAGAGAUGUUCUCGUGGGUCUCCUGCGAACUUUGAGCGAUAGAAAUGAAGAGGCAGUGGCGCCACCGUCCCAGCCAGCGAAGGCUCCACCCAUGGUUACCGAGAAAUCCGUGGAGAGCAUCAAGUUCGUUCUAUCGCCCUCGGAGACUAGCGCUGGCCAGACCAAAAGUUCUUCCAACUCCAAAGGUGGCACCAAAGGUUCUUCCAAGACAGAGAAGAAGCACGCCAUCUCCAACAAGCAGGAAGCGCGGAGCUUGAAAUACGGGGCUGAGGGCGAUGAUGUUAAGCUUCUCCAGGAGGCUCUUGCAAAGCUUGGGUUCUAUUGCGGGGACGACGACAUGGAGUAUGCUUCUUUCUCUAGCGGCACAGACCGGGCUGUGAAGUCAUGGCAGUCAUCCAUAGGUGCUGCAGAGGAUGGAAUUGUUACUGCGCAAGUGUUGUCGCAACUUAUCAGUGAGCAUCAAGUCAUAACAGUGAAUACCUCUGCUGCGAUCAAACCGCCCGAGAGCCCAGAGGUUGUGGAUAGAAGCUCCACCGGACGAGUUUACCUCCUGGGAGAAAAUCGAUGGGAGGAUCCGGAGAGACUGUUGCACAGGCGGCAAGCGAAUCCCGCUGCGUCUCAGAACUGCUAUACGUGUAGAGGCGAAGGCCAGACACUGUGCUCGGAAUGCGAUGGCACUGGAGAACUUAACGUCGAAGAACAGUUCCUCGACUGGGCCGGCGAAGGGGCCAAGUGCCCAUACUGUGAUGGCUCGGGGACUGUGGUUUGUGAAGACUGCGAGGGGAAGGGUGUGGCGGCCACUUAAGCUAGAGUUCGUCCAAAGUGUAGUAAGAUCGUUUAAACUCCCAUGGCUGACAUACUUGAUACGUGCCUUGGAGUUUUAGAAGGCUUGAACAACGGUGAUAUGUUCCAGCUCUCGGAGUGAACACCACGAAAUUCAUUCUUUGAGAACAACUCAAAAGUAUGUAUCUUUACUUGCCGAAGCUUGCUUCCACUGGCUGCAAAUUCUAAUCUUUAUAGCUGAAGAGGAAUGGAAGUUUUGAUGUAACUCGUCUUCAAGGCAAUGCUCUUCGAAAGAUCGAUCAAUUCUAUCA